CAUCGCCGCGUGCGUCAUCGAAACAAGACAAAACAAAACAAAGCAGCAGCAGCAUGGAUCUAUAAUAAAAAACAUUAUAAAUAAAUAUUCAGUAUUAUAGUUCUGUGAGCAGCAUGGAGGUGACUGUAGCAGGUGUCCAGGUGUCGACUCUGAGCCCUGAUCUGACUCCACAGAUUAAACAAGAACACGACAUCAAACAGGAGGAAGAACAGCUGCAAGUGUCUGUGCCAGAGUUUGGUGCUGUGAGUGUGAAGACAGAAGAGUCGUCGCAGCUUCAACAAAGAGAAACUGAGCAGAGAGAGGACGUCAAAGCAGAGCCACGUGUCCACAGUGAGGACGCACAGGAAGAGGACAUCAGACCAGAGACUGAAGGAGAGACAGAGCACUCUUCUGACAGUGAUGAAGACUGGAGAGCUCCACUCAGCCGUUCACACUUGGACACAGGGUCUGACGAAGACGAGUCUGCGCCAGAGACCAGAGCCACCGUGAACACUGGAGACACGACAGGAACUGGAGAAGGAACUGAGGGCACGAAACACAAGUGCUCUGUUUGUAAAGAGAGAUUUGGGUCUAAAUAUAAACUACAAAUACACCGCAGAGUUCACACAGGAGAAGAACCAUUCGGCUGUUCAGUCUGUAAGAAAGUGUGUGCUGAUAGUUCUAGUCUCAAAAAACAUAUGAGGACACACACCGGGGAGAAACCGUUCAGCUGUUCAGUCUGUAAGAAAGUGUUUGCUGUAAAAUUGUGAUCUCAAAACGCACUUGAGGACACACACCGGGGAGAAACCGUUUGCCUGCCCAGUCUGUGAGAAGGUUUUUGCUGUCAGAUUUAAUCUCAAAACUCAUAUGAAGACACACACCGGGGAGAAAUCAUUCAGCUGUUCAGUCUGUGCCAAAGUGUUUGCUGUGAGGUUUAAUCUCAAAACGCACAUGAGGACACACACGGGAGAGAAACCGUUCAGCUGUUCAGUCUGUAAGAAAGUUUUUGCUGUAAGAUCUAGUCUCAAAAGACACAUGAGGACACACAAUAGACUGCAUGUAUAAAGUGACAUGAUGUUAAAAAAGGUGAUUAAAACAAAUAAAUAUUCAUAAACACUUGGUUAAAAUCACAGUGGGAAUAAAUUUUGAUAAAUAACGUUUAAAUAUAAAUAUGUAAAUAUGAUAAAACGCAUUAAAAAGUUGUAAAAAAAGAUGUUAUAAAUGCGUUUUGAUGGACACACUGAGCGACCAAUAGCUGUUCAGUCUGAUGCGUCCUCUUGCCAAACAACUGCACCAUCUCCCUGGUCUCCAGUGAAGGUCCAUCCCUGAUCCCUGGUGAUACUUAAUGUUCUCAAUCAAUCAAUCAGCAACUUUAUUAAUCCCAAAGGGCAAUUCGGUUCGCACAUCUGGCCGUUGUCAUCUGGUCGUCCAUAAAUACAAAAGUACGAUCUAAGACUGUGCACAACAACUUCACAAACCUGAUGUGAUGUGCAGCAGCUUCAUUAGCGGGUUGCACUCUUGACUGUGUUGUGAUGGCGCUCUGAAGGGGGAGUGACUUAACGUGGAGAGCAAAGGGAGGGAGAAUUAAUUCGUAACAUGUGAUCUAAAUUAUCAGGGUCAAUCAGGGUUAGAAAUAAGACCAGAGAGAGACAGAGAGGAGAGACUGAUGCUGCUGGUCUGUGUCACACAAACCGGCUGUUAUUAUUUAUUAUUAUGAUGAUUAUGAUGUUUUAUCUGUUUUUUACAUGUGUGUAAUGUGAUUUUUAUGAUGUUUUUUUUUUUAUUAACGACAACAGAAUAUAACAUUAAAAAAAUAUAACAAUCAACAUUUAACAAAUUACAAUAAACAACAUAAAACAAAACACAAAAAAAAGCCCCCAUUUCUCCCUGACCACACACACACUGACACAAAUUUGGCUAAAUCAAACAAAAACACACCACUAGGCCCUUCACAUUGACACAUUACGGACAAUUAUUUUAUUUAUUUAUUUUUUCCUCUCCCAUUUUUAAAUAAACAUUUCUAGUCCCUUUACUUAAACUAUUAUACUUAUAAUUAAACUAAUUUCCUUUCAUCAUCUUCUGCUACUUAUUACAAACUCAAAGUGUAAUUUUAAAGGCAUUUCAUUGUAU